AUGGACGGGAGCAACAACAACAACGGCGGAGGAGGAGAGCGGUGGGCGGCGUGGGACGGCGGUAACCGGUGGAUGCCCGGAGAGGAAGGGGCGGGCGCGAACGCCGAUGAUGGGCACCGCCACAGGCACGCCGGCCACGCCACCCCCCCCUUGCUGCCGGGCCUGGCGCAGGCUCCCUCUCCCGCCGCCGCGGCCGGCCUGACCGCCUCCCGCCGCUCCGCCGCCGUCUGGGAGGGGGCUCCGCACGGGGGAGGCUGGGUGGGGGGUCCGGCGGACAUCAGGCAGCAGGGGUCCUCGUGGCACCCGUCGGGUGGCGCUUCCGGAGCCGCGGAGGGGAGGGGGCAAGGGUAUGAGAGGAUGGCCCACAGCGGUAUCGGCGAAGGCGCAGGGGUUGCUCGCGACGCGUUUGCGGGUGACAGACGGCACCAGCACCAGCAACCCGAGGUGGAUGUCAGGGGCGGCGGCGGCGGCGGCGGCCUCCGCUUCCACCCGUCGGCUGUUGAGCACCAACAGCACCACGCAGGACCGAGCGCCCGGACGGCCGCUCCCCGGGUGAUCGGCGGCAGCGCGGUGUCGGCGCCCGGCUUCAGGCAUGGGGCCGUCAGCGUCGACCCCGCUCCGGCCGCAGUGGGGGGCACGUCUGCGGACCCUUCCUCCGUCGCGGCGGGCGGCGGCCUGCUCUCUCAGGGGUACCGGCGGCUGGCGGCGAUGGCGGACGAACAAGCGGCCGCCGCCGCCGGUGGUGAUCAGCUCGACCUGAGCGGCGGACGUCGCGGGGGCGGGGCACACCCGUCGCCGCCGCCGCCGCCGCCGCCGCCGGCCGCUGUCCUGCACCGCCCCCCCCUGCACCACUCUCCCAUCGGCAGGCCACCGCUGCCUCACGAGUACGACGCGGUUGCGGAGAGAGAGACGGGCCACCACAAGAGGUCGGCUUCGAGCUUGGUCGGUGCCGGCAGCGGCGGCAGGGACCCUGCUGGUUACUCGCCGCUGGGGGAGAGGGCGGGCCCCCGGCACAGGCAAGUCUCGCGGGAGCUGCCGUUCUCGUCCCUGGCGGGCGGUGACGGCCCGGCCACGAAAAGGAGGCGUCCCUCGGUGGACGGGGGGGACCGCCCUCUCGGCGGCGUGAUACAGCAGCAGCAGCAGCAGCAGCAGGUGCGUGGACGGAGCACCUCCAACGAAAGGCUUACGCACGGUAACGGCAGCGCCGCCUCGUGGCCGAGCGGUGCCAGCGGAUCGGGGACGCCCCUCCCGCCGGCCGCCGCCCUCGUGUAUGACGACGUCCUGGCGCGGGAGUUCGAGGAGAGCGAGAGGGAGCUACUGUCUUCUAGGGUCGCCGUAGACUUGGCCCAGGCUCGGUUCGAAGAGGCCAGCCGUACGCAUCACGCCAAGCGGGAACAGGUCCUAGCCGCCGCCGCCGAGCACCAGAAGCAGCUGUCUAUCGCGGCGUCCCACCACCACCAGGGGCAGGAACAGCAGCAGCAGACACCCACGCUUAAGGGGGGCGCCAGCGUUCACUCCCCGGCGCGCUCCAGCGAGGUGGCGGCCGAAACCUCGGCUCCCACCGGCCGAGCCGCCGCCGCCGGCGGUCGUCACGGCGCUGCCAACGACGGCCGCGGUAGCGGCAGCGAGGAGCGGCACAACAGCGACUCUACCGCCGCCUUUCACCACCGGCGGGACUCUGCCCCUCUGGGCCGCCGGUCUCCCGCCGCACGAGGCCGCUCUGAGCGUCCCUCGGAGGCGUACAGCCGGUCACCGUCAUUGGAAGCACUAGGACCAGAUUCUGCGUCACCGGCGGGGAAGGUCUCCUCCUCGCCUUCGCCUUCGGCCGCCGGCCAGGCGCAGCCCGACUGCGCGGACGAGAUGAUGGAGGUGAAGCUGGAGGCGGCCCUCCUGUGCGGCAUGGGGAGGGCUCCCGUUUCGUCCCGUCAGUUGGCUUCCGCGGCGGCAGGCGCCGCCGUGACCCCGUCGCCGAAGGCCGUCAGCGCCGGCGCCGAGAAGGGCCUCGAGAUCGUGUCCCUGGCGGCGGCGGCGGCCGCCGCCGUUUCCUCGUCUUCCGGCGACGGCGAUGGCAACGUCGUUGUCCCUCCCCGCUCUUCCUCUUCCUCUUCCUCCCGUGGCGGCAUCCGUCGCGACUUGUCGGAGCGGACGCACUCCCCUCUGCCGUCGCUCCCCUGGAAGGGCGGCCACAACCACCACCACCACCAACAACACCAACAACAACACCAACACCACCGGUCGGCGAUGGGACAGGCGCCCGGUUCCCCCUCUGCCUGCGGGGAGACCGACAGCGACCACAGCAGCGACAGGGGUUGCGCCGCCAUCGAGGACCUCGCUGGGUCCAAGAAGCAGCAGCACCACGAGUUGCAGCGCCCCGUCGUCCCGCGCGCCGUCGGCCGCGGCGGGGCCGGGAGGCUCUCGUGGACCGACUACGGCGAUGCCGGCGGUGACAGACGCGCCCCGCCGCUCGCCAAGCUUACGGCCGACGUUCUCGUCUAA